UCCAGUUUGACCGUGAACACUGCAAAGCGUGGUCGAAUUCCGGGGCUGUGAUUUCGAUGAUUGGUGUUAAUUGAGACGAUUUCGGCAUGAAAUCGCUCAACGAGUGCUUUAUUGCGAGCGGCUAGUUGUUAGUGUUUACUAAAGUGAUAUGUUCGGGUGAUAAUCGGAUGCCAAUUACUUAUGAUCGGCUUGGGCUAUUUGGUCAAUGCGACGAAGAUGUCCAUGCAGUUGGUGCAAAAGGUGGACGUGGCCAAAAUCAUGGACGACAUGGAGCAGUACCUCCACUACAUCGGUGGCGGCGCGGGGGCAUUGGCCCUCACCGGCGUGGCCGCAGCUUCGGCCUUCUACCUAGCCAGCAGACCGUCCUCCCAAAAACCAUUGUUUCCACUAGACGAACAAUGCCUCCUCGAAGCGGGCCCGGAGCUGAUCCGGGUGUCGCGCUUCUACAAGGAAGCCAAGGAGGGCAAGUUCGUCAGUUAUAUGUUUCCGGACGCUAAGACUCUCUACGAGACUUUCCGGAGAGGAGCGAAAGAAUCAAAUAAUGGUCCUUGUUUGGGAUGGCGGGAGUCGUACGUGAAACCGUACCAGUGGCUGAACUACAAUGAAGCUCUUCUCAGGGCUAAAAACUUCGGAGCAGGGAUGGUGGCCCAAGGGCUGACUCCGGGCACUAACACCAUCAUCGGAAUUUACUCGCAGAAUUGUCCCGAAUGGAUCAUUACGGAACAAGCUGCCUAUUGUUACAGCAUGGUGUUGGUGCCCCUCUACGACACUCUCGGUCCUGAUGCAUGUGCCUUUAUUAUUAAACAAGCUGAAAUAACCGUGGUUGUUUGCGAAGACGACCAAAAAUGCAACCUCCUCCUCGACCGCUCUCCGCGUUGCCUCCGCAAGCUCAUCGUCUACAAAGACGUGAGACCUGCGACGAAGCAAAGGGCAAAGAAUCGAGGAGUGGAAAUCGUCAAAUUCCACGACGUUGAAGUUUUAGGUUCGAAGUCGAACCAUCCGGAAGUUCCUCCUAAACCCUCAGACCUCUGCACUAUUUGUUACACGAGUGGCACCACCGGCAAUCCUAAAGGAGUUAUGCUAACUCAUGAAAAUGUUGUGGCCUCUAUGAGUGCUGUUUUGAUGCAAAUGGGCGAUCACAAGGUGAAGAGUAGCGACGUUCUUAUCUCGUUCCUGCCGCUAGCGCAUAUGCUGGAGCGUUGCUGCGAGAACGCUAUGUAUAUGAUGGGUGCCUCAGUCGGUUUCUUUCUCGGGGACAUAAGGCGAUUAUCGGACGAUAUGAAAGCCCUGAAGCCUACUGUCUCCCCGGCAGUUCCUCGACUCCUUAACAGGAUUUAUGAUAAAGUCCAAGCCGAGAUCAACGGCAGUUGUAUUAAAAAAAUGUUAUUCAAUAUGGGGAUGAGUGCCAAAGAGAGCGAAAUCAAACGAGGCAUCCUCAGGAAUAACAGUUUUUGGGACAUGUUGGUGUUCAGGAAAGUCCAAGAGGGGAUGGGCGGUCGGCUUAGACUAAUGCUAGUCGGGUCUGCGCCCCUUGCCGAAAACGUCCUCACCUUCAUGCGAUGUGCUUUAGGUUGCUUGGUGAUUGAAGGUUACGGCCAAACUGAGUGUACCGCACCUAUCACUUUGACCAUCCAAGGCGAUCACGUGCCGGGUCAUGUUGGCCCCCCUGUUGCUUGUUGCUGCGUUAAAUUAAUCGAUGUGCCGGAAAUGGAAUACUGGGCGAAGAACAAUCAAGGGGAGGUCUGUGUUAAAGGCACCAAUGUUUUUCAAGGUUACUAUAAAGAUCCUGAAAAGACUGAAGAGACAAUAGAUGAGAUGGGCUGGCACCAUACUGGAGAUGUUGGGAUGUGGCUACCAAAUGGUACCCUUAAAAUCAUCGACCGGCGAAAACACAUCUUUAAACUAUCUCAAGGCGAGUAUAUUGUUCCUGAAAAAAUCGAAAAUAUUUAUAUUCGGUCACAAUACGUAAGCCAAGUCUAUGUCCACGGCGAGUCUUUGAAGUCUUGCAUUAUCGCAAUUGUUGUUCCUGACGUCGAUGUGAUCAAAUGUUGGGCGACGGAAAACGGUAUUCCUGGUACCCUUAGUGUGCUUUGCAACAACCCUGAUGUCAAACAACUAAUCAUGGAUGACAUGACCGCUUGGGGUAAAGAAGCGGGUCUUAAAUCAUUCGAACAAGUCAAAGACAUAUAUUUACAUCCCGAUCCGUUUAGUGUCCAAAACGGUUUAUUGACACCAACGCUGAAAUCGAAACGUCCGCAACUGAAAGAAUAUUUCAAACCGCAAAUUGAAGAUAUGUACAGUAAAUUGGUCUAAAACGAACAAGUAUUAGGAAUUUUCUUAGAUCUAGGAUGCACCAAAGCAAAUUUCUCAUUUGAAGACUUGUUUAUAGCAAUAUCUAUCGAGUCAAUCGAGAACGCAAUAAAUACCUUGGGAGGUUGCCAAAACAAUUAUUUUGAUAUUUCGUUCGGUUUUAUCAACAAAUAUGCAUUAUCUUGCCUUUUAGAUAUAGGUUUAACACCGUCAAUCUGACUCUCUUAGGUUAGAACAUUGUUUAUCUGACAACAAUUUUAUUUAUUGUUCGUUGUUGUAUUCUAAACAACCCUUUAAUAAAGUUAUUUGAAAAAAUA